AUGGCGCCCGGAGCAGGCGUCAAGCCUCCCGUUCCGAGAACGAGAACCGGCUGCUUGACUUGUAGACAGGGCAAGGUCAAAUGUGAUGAAGAGAAACCUACCUGUCAACGGUGUCGGCGGCUGCAUUUUGAAUGCAUGUGGGCUGUGCCGCCGCCUUCGCCGCACCCCCCAGGAUCUGUGCGUGUACCGCGAGGAGGGAGAAUAGAAUUGGCCGACGGAGGAGCCGUGGUCCAAUCGUGCGGACCACUCAAACAACCAUUUGUUGUCGAAUUUCCGAAAGCAGAUCGAGCGUCUCUGCCCUAUCUUAGCCAUUUCAUUACCUUCUGCUCUCGAUUUCUUGCCUACACCAAUGACGGACAGGGUAAUCCAUUUCAGCAAGAGCUGGUCCCGCUUGCAGCUUCCUCUUCAGCUUUAUUUCACUCAAUGCUCGCCGUUGCUGCCGGUCACAUGGCUCGGCUGGAACCGCGGCAUACUCUCCCAGCAGUUCAGCAUUACUCGACUGCUCUUCGAGAACUGAACAUUGCCUUGUCCGAACCUACUCAACUGUCCUCAAAUUCCACGCUCGGCGCAUGCCUCUUGUUAUGUGUUUAUGAGAUAUCCCAUUCGGAAAAAAGCCUUUGGCUGCAGCAUCUUCGAGGAGCACGGGAUCUGAUCAUGUAUCGAGGUGGUCCACGGACAUCCGACUUCCUUUGCCGGUUCUUCUCGUUGCUGGACAUAUCUGGAUCCUUGUCAUCUGGUAGAGGCCCGUUGAUACAAGGCAAUUACUGGCUCGAAGUCGGCAAGCUGAGCUCCGUUUCCUUGAAUCAAUCCCACCUGAACUGGCCAUAUUACGACGAUGGGUCUGUCAUGGUCGACACGUUCCACGAAUUAAUGGUCUACAUGGCGAACCUCUCGAAGCUCUCUGCCCUAUCAAUGACCAAAUUCGGCCGACAUAAUCCGCGUCUCAUCCGAGACAAAGCCAUGUCGAUCCAACAAGGAUUGCAUCAAUGGUGGACUUCACGGCCCACGGAACUGCGAGACCAAAGUAACGACUGGCGGUGCCAGCCCAGGUCAAAACCACUAACCGAGCCGGAGUUGCUGGAACAGGAGUCCUUCUCGAGUAUUCGAUCAUGUAAGAAUGCUUGUAUCAUCUACCUUCAACACAUCAUCCACCCGACUGGCAUACAACCUCAAGGAUCAGAAGUUGCCCUCGCAGCCGAAAGCAUUCUGGACAUUGCCAGGAAGACGCCAGAAGGAUUCGGUCUGGAAAUGGGUCUAAUCUGGGGCAUGUUCAUGGCUGGAGUUGCCAUCUUCCAUGACACCGAAGCAGAGGCUCUAAUUCGCCGAAAAUUAAGUUCAGAUGCGAGCAUCAGUAUCUAUCAUGCUGAUCGAGGGCUGGAGUUAUUGGAGAUCCUCUGGGAAAGGCAACACCGACUCAAUCUAAAACUUGAUUGGAGGGAGCUCCAGAACGAAAUGGGCGUGCAGGUGUUCCUUCUCGCGUAG